ACCGGCCCGACCCUACCCUCCAUGGUGCUCAGUUCAACUUUGUUUCCUUUUGCCGGUUCCGUGUCGAGAUGGGCAACGUCAGCAGCCACGGCGGGUCGCCGGCCAGUUCCACCGGCAGCGGCCUUAGGGAGGGGCAGGCCGCUGAUAGGUGGGACCAGGGCGGACACGAGAGGGGAGGAGCGGACAAGAGCGGACGACGGGAGCGCCCAGUUUUGACCGCCGCGGACCCAUUUGUUACCUAAUUUUGCGUCCAGUUUAAAUCGGGAUGAACAGCAGGUGGACACGCGCGUCCAUUUGGUUCAUCCCGUUAGGCCAGCUUUUGUGUCCGGAUGACCCAAACGAACAAAAUAGGUCGCUGCGUUGGCUUGCUCUUAGAGUCAACCAGUAGCCUUGGAGGCGCCACUCGUGCCCACGACCAAACAAACCCAACCAGAUGCAGUUUCUCAAAAACAAAAACAAAAAACCUAUUUUCCAUCCUGCCUCCGGCAACCACUUACUACCCACAGUCCAGAGAUGGUGCUGACGGUCUAGAGCGCGCGAGGAAUCCGUCAGACAGAGAUGAGACGACAUCGGGGAAACGGAGCGGACAGCCGCGCUCGACCGUCGGGAGCGGCCCCGCCAACGCCAUGCGUCCCUUGGCGCCAAAAACCAGCAGAGAAACCUACUACCAACUAGCUAAACAUAGCACGCCUCCGCCGCAUAUAUGGGGCCAGCGUCGCCGUCCACCUCGCCUCAGCUCACCACACCCGACCAGACGAGAAGCACCAACAAGAUGGCGAUGGCGAUGGCGGGAAGAAGCAGCAGUACCGCCGUGGCGGUGGCGGUGGCGGUGUACGCGGUGGCGCUGCUCGUAAGCACGGCGUGGGCGGCGGCGACCCCGGCCAAGCCGGCCGCCGGCGGGGCGCCGUCGAUGCCUGCGGGCCCCCUGGACAUCGUGCUGCUGGGGGCCAAGGGCGACGGCAAGACGGACGCGACGCAGACGAUCAUGAAGGCGUGGAAGAACGCGUGCGCUGCGACGGGGACGCAGAAGAUCAUCAUCCCGGCGGGCAACUUCCUGGUCGGCGCGCUGGAGCUGUCGGGCCCCUGCACCUCCUCCAUCAUCAUCCGGCUGGACGGCAACCUCCUCGGCACCGGCGACCUCAACGCCUACAAGAAGAACUGGAUCGAGGUGAUGCACGUGGACAACUUCUCCAUCAACGGCCACGGCACCAUCGACGGCCAGGGCCCCCUCGUCUGGGAGAAGAACCAGUGCAACAAGAACUACAACUGCAAGAUCCUCCCCAACAGCCUGGUGCUGGACUACGUGAACAACGCGACGAUCCGCGGGAUCACGCUCAAGAACGCAAAGUUCUUCCACCUCAACCUCUUCAACUGCAAGACGGUGCUGGUGGAGAACGUGCAGAUCACGGCGCCGGGGGACAGCCCCAACACGGACGGCAUCCACAUGGGCGACUCGGAGGACGUGACCAUCAAGUCCACCACCAUCGGCGUCGGCGACGACUGCAUCUCCAUCGGCCCCGGCACCAAGCACGUCAAGAUCCACGGCUCCCACUGCGGUCCCGGCCACGGCAUCAGCGUGGGCAGCCUUGGGCGGUACAAGGACGAGAAGGACGUGGAGGACAUCCAGGUCACCAACUGCACCAUCAAGGGCGCCACCAACGGGCUCCGGAUCAAGUCGUACGAGGACUCGAAGUCGGCGCUCAGGGCCACCCGCUUCGUCUACGACGACGUGCGCAUGGACAACGUCUCCUUCCCCAUCGUCAUCGACCAGAAGUACUGCCCAAACAACAUCUGCGCCAAGGCCUCCGGCGCAUCCAAGGUGGUCGUCGCCGACAUCGUCUUCAAGAACAUCGUCGGAACGUCCGCGACGCCCGAGGCCGUCACCCUCAACUGCGCCAACAACGUGCCCUGCCAGGGCGUGCAGCUCGUCAACGUCAACCUCAAGUACACCGGCACAAACAACAAGACCAUGGCCGUCUGCCACAACGCCCUCGGGAAGUCCGUCAACGUCGUCAAGGAGCUCGCAUGCCUCUAACUACACACAUGCAUGCAUCCUUUUGUUGAUUUGAUUAUUAAUUCGUUUUUUUCCCCUGUCGUUUUUUAAUGAGCAUGUUUGUUUUAAGUUGUAAUUAAUCAACUGGUGUAAGCAGCUGACAGUUAACUUAUCAAUGAGAUCAAGUGUAUGAUUUUUGUUAA